UAUGCAGAGGUAUUCAUGUAGCAGAGCAUACGCAACUGUGUAUUCGUGAAGAAGCUAGUGGAGAAAUGGAAGCCACUGUUUGGCAAGUGAUUGUUUCGAUAUCUGUACAACGAUGAUGAAGAGAGUGGACGACUCAUUUCAAACUAAAUUCGAAUGUGCCUUUGGAUUAUUAUUACCUGUGAUCAACGUCUGAAAUCAAUUAAGUGAAACAUGGCUUGCAACCAGAGGCUUUUCUUAUUCACAAUAUGCACUCUGCAGCUGAUCUCAACAACAGAAAGACAAGUAUUUGAUCUACUAGGCUACCAGUGGUUACCCAUUGCUGCCAACUUCCUCCAUAUCAUCUUCAUCAUCAUUGGUUUCUUUGGUGGUUAUCAGUACAGGAAAAGUUAUCUCAUCACUUUUGCUGUGUGGCUCUUUGUGUGGUUGGCAUGGAAUCUUUUCAUCAUCUGCUUCUACCUCGAUGUUGGUGCACUAGAUAAGAAUAGUGAUAUACUCAACCUCGGAACGGGUGCCGCUUCAUGGUGGGAAGUUAAUGGAAUUGGGUGCCGGCCUUACUUUACUGUCAACGGAUCAUUGGCAACACCACUCCACAUUAACGUGCAGUUAGCUGAUGUUCUCCGACCGCCCCGACCCGAUUGGGUUGACGGUUGUCUUCUCAACUACUACUAUGUUGAAGUUAUUCAUGCUGCUGUGCAGCUUAUAUUAGCGCCGAUCGCGUUCUUGAGUGCAGUUCUCAUCCUUCGAAGAUAUACAGUUGAAGAAGAAAUGUAUGUUCAACGCAAGCCACGUAGCAGAGCCACGUCUUUGUACUCGGUCCAGUAUAGCUCCACUCGUGGUCGGAGUUCACCGUUGGAUGAUGAAAUGGAACUGAACACUCAGCAAUUGAACACAAUUAGCAACAGUAACGACCCUAAUCGACCAAUGACUCCACGGCGAGUUAAACGGCGAAGCGGACGUGGCAGCGGACGACAUUCUCGGAGUAGCCAAAGGAAUCGUGCCAAUACGAAUCCUGCUGGAUACAAUACAGGGACAUCCGUGUCUGUUGGCAUGGUCAAUGAAGCAUAUAGUAGUGGUACAUUAUCAGGACGAGAAAUGCAAAACGGCACACUGACCUCGACGCGAAGUAGCGGAAGAGAAUCUCUGCGCAAGAAACGUUAUGUUAAUCCCGUCAAUAGGUUAAUGGACGAGUCAUCAACGUCGAAUGAUUCGAUGCCAGCUUUGCCGGCCUACUUCCCUUCAUCUCAUCCCAAUGGCGGUUACCCACCACCACCUCCAGUAAACCGCGAGCGGUUACCCAGCCGAUCUGGUCCGCCGCCUACUAGUCGGCCACCGGCUCAACUUCCGCCGCAUCCUGCUGGCCAUUCGAAUCCACUUUACCAAAGUUCUCGCCCCAAUUCAGUCUAUUCCGUUUCAGCAAAUGUCGAUCUCGACUAUCGGCCACCUUCAGCCCAUUCGAGCUACUCCAAUUGGCAUGGGCAACGAAGUGCUAUGCCACUACCGGCCAACGGGCAUACGAGCAACAAUUUGCAUGGCCAUUCUCCAACACCCAGUACAGCAACAACCACCAAUGUUUCAACUUUUGGCGUUUCAUCCACUACAUAUGACGUGGGCACCAUGUCCAACGGAUACACGCGAUCAGCUGUUCAUCAGAAUAAUUAUGGUUCUAGAAGUGGAUAUGAUCAAGGUCAUUACUGAUAGUCUUUGCUUGAAGCCAUGGUUUAAUAAUGCCAAUGAAAUGGAGGAUACGUUUGAUAUCAUUGCCUACUCAAUCCAGUCUAUCGCCAUCGCCCAGCGUGGGCUCCCAGUUCCAAAACGGAACUACAUUUAUAAUCUUGUAAAUAGUGUAGAACGACAUUCCGGAAGCCGGACAGGAUCUUCAAUCGUUGUCUCGUACGUGAAAUCUCUCUUGCUGUUUUUCUAGUAAAUAUGUGUGGUUUUGUGCGUGCCGAAAAUGUUCGUCAUUUUUGAAUUUCCAUGGAAGGAUCCAUCCGAAUAGUCGCCUCUUUUAUGGUAAUUCGGGUGUGCAGAAAAGAAAUUUUCUUUUCGUAAAUGAAUAUGAUGUUUUCUCUCUUGUGUGCCUUUUGUAUGGUGCAUUACCAGGAGGCCUUUAAUGCCAUUAAUCCAUUGCACGUUUUUAUGUUCCAUUUUUCGACAUGCCCGUCCAUUGUUCGUGUUUUUUUUUUAAUUCUUUUCAU